AUGUCUGACCCUUUUAUUCUAUGGGUAAAGUUUGAUAAACCUGUUGAGUUCAAUAAUCCAACUUAUACCUAUCUUAAUUUAAUUGUUGAUCGUGCAUUUACUGAUCCAAAUACAGAAAAAAAUUACAUUGCAUUUGGAGUGACAGUUACAUUAAAUUAUCUAGAUCCUUCAAAAGACAUCAAUUUGGUUCAAAACGAAGUUGUGGAGCGAAUAAUCCAUUUCUUGAAAUGA